GGUUGAACUAGCAAGAGAUACAGAGUUUGUCAUGUUUUGCAGAAAGUGCAAAGUGUGCCGUUAUGUGUAAAUAUACAUCCAGGUGAUAGCAAAUCAGUAUAUGGCAGUAGGAAUUAUAAACAUUGCUUUUGUUUUAAAGGAGUUGUCUGUGGAGUAGUUUUUUUUUUUUUUUUUAGUCGGUGUUUGCAGAGACGGGUUAGCCACUGCAUUCUUUUGGUAGCGUUUUAAACUGUUUAGAAUUAAUAAGCAGAUACUUUAAUAUAGCAAUGGAUAUGUACUGGUUCACGUGUUUGCUGUUGUGCGUGGUAGAGGCAUUUAGCAAACCCACUUACAAACGCGAACGCGUUCACCUGGACCCGGUAUUGAGCAGAGACCCUCAUGAAGACAACCGAAGCUACCGCUACGACCAUGAGGCCUUUUUAGGCAAAGAAGAGGCCAAGACUUUUGAUCAGUUAAGUCCCGAAGAAAGCAAGGACAGACUUGGGAAAAUUGUUGACAGGAUUGAUGGUGACAAAGAUGGAUAUGUUACUACAGAUGAGCUGAAGAGCUGGAUUAAUAGAGUACAGAAGCGUUAUAUUUAUGAAAAUGUAGCUAAAGUGUGGACGGACUAUGAUUUAAACAAAGACAACAAGAUUUCUUGGGAUGAAUACAAAAAAGCCACCUAUGGCUACUACCUUGCUAAUCCAGAAGAGUUCCAGGAUGUCACAGACCAGUUCAGUUUCAAAAAGAUGCUCCCCCGUGAUGAAAGAAGAUUUCAGACUGCUGACCUCGACGGGGACGUGGCAGCCAGUCGGGAAGAAUUCACUGCCUUCCUGCACCCAGAGGAGUUUGAUCACAUGAAAGACAUUGUUGUUCUUGAAACCCUGGAAGACAUAGAUAAGAAUGGUGAUGGUCAUGUGGAUGAAGAUGAGUACAUUGCUGACAUGUUUGCUCAUGAAGUAGAAGGACCAGAACCGGACUGGGUGAAAACAGAAAGAGAGCAGUUUGCAGACUUCAGGGACACCAAUAAGGAUGGAAAGAUGGACAAAGAGGAAAUUAGGCACUGGAUCCUUCCUCAGGACUAUGAUCAUGCACAGGCUGAAGCCAGACAUCUAGUCUAUGAAUCAGACUUGAACAAGGAUCAACUGUUGACCAAAGAAGAAAUCUUGGAAAACUGGAACAUGUUUGUUGGAAGCCAGGCAACUAAUUACGGAGAAGACCUCACCAAAAACCAUGACGAGUUGUGAUCCAAACUGCUGUGGAAUAUGCAGUCCUUUUCUUGCCAAAAACUUGUUUCAUAAUUCGAAAGAAAUGAAUGAAGCCACAGGUGCUUUUAAACUAAACGUUUUGCUUGAAGAGUGACAGAAAUACCUGCACCAGUAUUGGGAGUCGAACUGAGUAUGUUUUACCUCACUUUUUCAGGGGAGUGCUGCCUUGUUGCCUGCUUGCAUCAAUGACAGGGCUAUGCCUGUCUUGUAUAUAUGUAUCUUGAGUGGUUCCAAUCGCUAUUGUCACAGAACUUCAGCGCAAAUUGAAAAAAUACUGAUGGCUUCCAUUUUAUAAUUAAACAUUUUUGUGUACCAUAUUUAAUCAUUGUUGGAUAUUUUGACAGUUUUCCUACUUCAGCUCAACUUCGUUUAUUAGUAAUGUGUUUUUAAUAAUGAUGCUUUGUACAGUAUUUCAGGGUUGCAUGUGUAAAAUAAAGAAUUGCAUAUGUAUAACUCUUUUAACAGUUUUUUUCUUAGUGUUUUUUUCUUUUGACAGUGAAAUGUAAGUGAAAGGCUUUCAUUUGUUGUUGCAUCAAGUGUAACUGGUAUAGCUAUUUCAUCACGUUGUUCUAUAUAGGUACUUCUAUAAUGCGUAGAAAAACUUUAUCAGGAAACAGACGUGUUGCACUAUCCGGCAGUGGCUUCAAGUUAGUAUUUAACAUUAUUUGUACCCCCCCCUCCCCCCAUUUAUUCCACAACAGGGUUAACAUGUAUAAAAAAUGUAUCCCAAUUUAUUUCUUAUAAAAUGCUAGAUUUUCACCAUUUCUUUUUUUUAGUGUGUGCAUAUUUAUAUAAAAAAUGUAAUGUCAACAGUUCUUGUGAACACCUUCUGCUUGUCAUUAUUGGUUAGUACUGUGGUCCUUGUUUGUAACUGCAUGAUCUGUUAUAAAAUGUUCAGACUUAGUUUUUACUUAAAAUGUUUUCCAAUGUAUGAAGUCACGAUGUGCUUAUUUCAGGUUCACCAUUUAAUCUUUGCUUUUCUGAAAGACUAUC